AUGUUUUUAAAAUUGUUAUUUUUAACUUUCUUGCGUGUCGUAUUAGUAUCCUCAAUUGCUCAAGUCAUAAAAAUUGAAAACUGUACAAGUGUAAAGCAAAAAUGUGUACUUGAUCGAUGCAAGGUCCAUGAUGAGUAUGUAGACUUUGUGUUUUUAAUUAAAGAACCACUCAUUUCAUUAUUUUUUGAAACAACUCUAUUAAAAUUGGAAGAGGGAAAAGCACGACAAAUCUUUAAAACUCCGAAAUUUGAUUGGUGUGGUGGAUUAGGUAAGGCAAUCCGUACUGCAAGUCCAAUUCUGAAAGUAUUUUUCUCAUCAAACUUUGAGAAAUUCCCAGAAGCCAUGCUUAAAUGUCCAAUAAAAGGAACAAUCAACAUUUUUAAUAUUUCAACAAUGACUUCAUUUUUUGACUUCUUACCAUCUGGUAUUUAUAGGAUGCGUGCAUUGGUUUUUGAAAAAAUCAACGAUCCGUUUUUUAUAUUUUCAUUCCAAGUUAAAAUUUCUAAUUAA